ACCAGAGUGACACCUCACAUCCCAUACUGGAUCUACCGGGCUCCACCUGUCGCGAGCGCUGUUUUUGUUUUUUUCUCUCGGCUUAGCCAGCGACACCGCGCGCUGAUAUUUAGGCAGCACGCGACAGAAACAGGGGAGUACGAGCGGCUGUUUUUCAUUUAUGUUUUCUAUAACGGUCAGAGCAAGCGUACGAGCAAACAAACAAACAAGGCAACCGAUGAACGGACAGUUUCUGCUCUCGUCAUCAGCUUUACGUGCGAUUUUAUCUUUUCACCGAGGAGAGACGAAGCAGCAAUAAUUCCGGUGGAUGGUUUUAUCCGCAGUGCUCCAGCCAACCGGACAGCAGUAUGUCAAGGCAGCAGCACCGGACGCCGUUAAAACUCACCGACAACGUGGUGGAGGUCAAGAGCAAAUUUGAGGCAGAGUACCGUCGCUUUGCCCUAAAGAGAAAUGGUCCUGGCGGCUUCCAGGAGUUCUAUCACCUCCUUCAAACCAUCCAUCGCAUCCCUGGUGUUGAUGUGUUGCUAGGAUAUGCCGACAUCCACGGAGACCUUCUGCCCAUCAACAAUGAUGACAACUUUCACAAGGCUGUCUCCUCAGCCAAUCCUCUGCUUCGCAUCAUCAUAACUAAGAGAGAGGAUGAGCCAGUAGUUUUUGCCACCAAUUCCCUCCAGAGGCGCAAGAAGGGGUUGGGCUUGACCGGACUCCGCACCACCGGCUCCAGCUCCACCCACCAGAAGAACAGACCAGGUCUUCUGAUUGGCUCACCACAGGACUUCCGACAGAUCUCAUCCAUCAUUGACGUGGACAUCUUGCCAGAGACACACCGACGUGUACGACUCCAUAAGCACGGCACGCACAAACCUCUGGGCUUCUACAUUCGUGACGGGGUGAGCGUUCGAGUGACACCACAGGGUGUAGAGAAGGUUCCAGGAGUGUUUAUAUCUCGGCUGGUGCGUGGUGGACUGGCAGAGAGCACAGGGUUGCUGGGAGUAAAUGAUGAGAUCCUUGAGGUCAAUGGCAUUGAUGUGGCAGGAAAAUCUCUGGAUCAGGUGACAGACAUGAUGGUGGCCAACAGUCACAAUCUCAUUGUCACAGUGAAACCAGCCAACCAGAGGAAUAACGUGAUGCAUCGUGGAAGUAAGAUGUCAGCUGGCAAUACUUCAAUGCGCUCAGCUGGAUCCACAGGCUCCGCCCCAUCACAUGAUUCACCAAGCCCUGCCUCUCAGAGUAACCCUAUCACUGCAAGCAACAGCGUGGCAGAGGGUGACAGCGAGGACGAAGACGAAGAUGGCGACCUCAUUAUUGAGAACGACAGCCUGCCACCUUAUGUUUCCCACCACGUAACCAACGGCAACAACAGUAACCACAACAAAGACUCACCUAGCCGCAGACCAGACAGCUCCACAAUGGUUAGGCCCCUCCCACAGAGCGUCUCCAUGCCCAAUAGUGUCGGAGCAUCCCUGAGCAACAGCCCCUUGGCCAUGUCCAAUCACAAUGGAAGUCCCACCCACACAGCCAGCAGCAGCCAGGAGAGCAUGAGAGAGGAUGGCAACAUCAUAACGCUGUAAUCAUGACGACAGCAACACUGUGACAACUACAUAGCUCCACAGACCUAGCAAUCAGUAACCAUGACAACAGUGUAAACAUGACUCCAGAGCACCUUUUUCUUUUGAAGGUUCUUCCUGCUGAUUGAACACCAGAGGUUCUCAUGAUGGGAGUGGACCCUGAGUAUCUUAAUAGACCAGUCUACAGUACAGAGCUACGAGAGAGAAGGUUCUGGCAGGAUCUGAUCCCAAGCCAGCAGAUCAUCGUGUGGUCUCAGAAACUUCUCAUCAGCCACAACUCCAAAACUAAGGAAAUUCCUGUCAUGUUUGCAUGUUUGAAGAGCCUGAGAGCAGUGCACCAUGGGACACUGGUCACACAUACAGACAGACCACUCAUGUCUGGAUCAUAUAAACUCAAGUGUGUGUGUGUGUGUGUGUGUGUGUGUGUGUGUCACCAUUUCCCCUGUUAAAGCACUGGGAGUAUUGCCUUACAGUCAAAACUCAGACACUACAGUCUCUUUCUCUCACCCUCCUCACUCUAGCUCACUUUCAAUUUCCUUUUUGAUCACCGGUGUGACUGUCAUGCAGAAUCAAUGUGGCAAAAUUGUACAUUUGGAAGUGAAAUUAUUUGAUAUUGAAAAAUAUUUAAAAUUCACCACAAAUAAUCAUGAAUCCUGGGAGGAGUCUUCCUGUAUCUUGGCUCCUCUAGCUACUUAUUCCUUUCCUCAACCACCUGAACUAAGAAAAUGAGCAGUGUGUGCAUGCAUGUGUGUCAUGUAUGUCUUAUAUGUUUAAGCAGCAUCAGUUGGCCUAGCAAAAUAUGUAGCUGUCAUGACAUGGUGUUUCCUUUGGGUCCAUUACUCCACUAUAAUUCUAACCCAAGUGUAUAAAAGAAAACUAAUUUGGCAAUAUACCAGGACUUCAAACUAACAGUGACCAUGGAUGAUCUAAAAUGCAUUUGGAAGAUUGAGUUGAUAUAUUUUACUCAACAGUGUGUAAACCUGCAGCUUCGCCCUGCUAACCCCUCUGCUGAAACCCGUAGUCUGGUUUCAGUAGAGAUGUUAUGUCCCAUGAAGGUCUAAUGCUGUCUCAGAGGCUUUUACACCCUGACAACAAUAACAUUUUGAGGGAAACACUGAAUACCUAUAUUUUUGGCAGGUUUUGGUAUGGAUUUCAGCCUUCAAAAGCCCCACAUCAUUGAAACCCUAGUCAGAAUAGUUCAUUUGUGCCUUGGGUGUGGCAGGGGAAAGCCCUGACCCCUAAAGCCUGGCAGACUACCUUUGAAACAUAAACCAUCUUGAUACGCUGCAAGGACUUUGGCAUUUGACUAGUUGACUUGCAGCUAGCAGCUACUAAAUGUAUGAACAGCCUUGUUGUUGGCUUUGGUAACAGCCUUGUUGUUGGCUUUGGUGCCAGCCAGAGCAUCUUGUUUGGGAUGGCUCAUAGAUAGCAGCAAUCUAAUUUAAAACUCCUUGUUUGAGUAUUAAUUUUUUAAUUAUUAUUAUUUUGUGGUAAUUUUGUUAA